CGCCGUAACGCUAGAAAAGAGAAAAACGCGAAGCCUAGCUCUCAGUUUUUUGUUAUACAAUGAAUAACGAAAACAACAACGCGGUAAAAAUUUCAAACGACCUUCCAAUAGUGGUUGUUAUGGUUCCUUUACCUGCACAAGGUCACUUGAACCAACUACUCCACCUCUCCCACCACAUCUCCACCUUCCACAUCCCAGUCCACUUCGUUGGCACUGCUACCCACAAUCGCCAAGUACAACUUCGUCGUGUUCACAACGGUUCCCAGAUCAGUAGCCACCCAUCAAUCCAAUUCCACGACUUUGAUAUCCCUCCAUUUCCCUCUCCUCCUCCCAAUCCUGCCGCACCCCAUAAAUUUCCCUCCCAUCUCAUUCCCUCAUUCAUUGCUGCUGCUCUCCAUCUCCAUCGCCCUCUCGCUGCUUUCCUACGCGCUCUCUCAUCUAAAGUGAAACGACUUGUCGUCAUCCACGACUCACUAAUGUCGUCUGCCCUACAAGAUGUCAACGCCAUUCCCAACACUGAAUCCUAUUGCUUUCACUCUGUAUCCGCCUUCACCGUUGCUCUUCAUAACUUGGAGCGUAAAGUGCGGUUUGCAAACGACGGACACAAAGAUGGUGAAAUAACAACGAUUUACCAACAAUAUUUUCCUAAAGAACUGAAUGUAGUGUCGACGGAAGAAUGUUUUCCAACAGAAUUUUUGGAGUUCAUUGGAUCUCAGUUUCGUCAUCUGCCAAAAAUGGGAGCUGGGAAAAUUUAUAACACUUGUAAAUUUAUUGAAGGAGAGUUUUUAGAGGUGAUUCAGAGGAUUGAACCUGAGUUUCGUCAUUGGGCUUUGGGUCCUUUCAACCCUCUCAAAAUCUCCAAGCCACCUUGUAGCCAUAGCUGCAUGGCAUGGCUAGACCAACAAGAGCCAAGAUCAGUGAUCUACAUCUCAUUUGGGACAACUACAACAAUGAAAGACGAACAAAUAAAAGAAAUAGCAAUUGGGUUAGCAAGAAGUGAUCAAAAGUUCAUUUGGGUCCUCCGCGAUGCAGACAAGGGAGACGUAUUCGAUGUCAACGAGAUUCGAAAGUCGAAUCUUCCAGAAGGUUAUAACAAUUUAAUUGGCGACCAAGGGUUGGUAAUAAAAGACUGGGCACCACAGUUAGAGAUACUGGGUCAUUGGGCGACAGGAGGGUUCAUGACACAUUGCGGUUGGAACUCAUGCAUAGAGAGCAUCACGACUGGGGUUCCGGUGAUUGCUUGGCCAAUGCACUCUGACCAACCGAGGAACACGGUGCUUAUGACUAGGGUAUUGUGUGUCGGGGUGGGACUCAAAGAGUGGCAACAAGAACUGAUAAUGGCAGGUGCUAUAGAGGAGGUCGUUAGGAAGUUGAUGGUGUCGGAGGAAGGGGCGAAGGUGAGGAGAAAUGCAGAGAGAUUAGGGAAUGUUGUGCGACAAUCGUUGGAAGAAGGCGGCGAGUCUCGUAAGGAAUUUGAGGCUUUUGUAGCUCAUAUUACUAGAUAAAUUUUAGUUCAAAUUGGAUGUGAGGGAAUCAAAGUUGUUUGUUUAUUGCAUCAAGUUUCACAAGUGUAUUCAUUUACAUAUUCUACUCUACAACUUAUUUUACUAGGUUUUAUUCUACAACAAAUAUUGUGUGAAACUUAUCAUUUGUAUUAGUUAAAUUCUUAUCUUUAUCAUAUAAUUAUUUGAAUCAAUUUCAACUCAUUAUCAUGA